AUGGUGGCGUCCGGCGUCUUCGGCGGCGCGUUCACGCUGGAGGAAGGCCUGGCCUGCGCGGACGUCGACGGCAAGACCAUCGGCGAGGAGCUGGAGCGCAUCGGCUACGCCGGCGAGAUGGAAUGCGGCGGGCGCGAGGUCGGCGCCUUCUUCGAAGCCCAUAUCGAGCAGGGGCCGAUCCUCGAAGCGGAGGAGAAGACCAUCGGUAUCGUGCAGGGGGUGCAAGGCAUCAGCUGGUUCGACGUGUCGGUGACGGGCAUGGAAUCCCACGCCGGCACGACGCCGAUGGAGCGCCGCCGGGAUGCCCUGGUCGGCUGCCGCCAAGCUGAGGAAAUCGCCGCCGAGCGCGGGUUGGAGAUCACGGUCGAGGAGAUCUGGCACUCGCCGCCGGUGAAGUUCGCCGCCGAUUGCGUCGGCGCCGUGCAGAACGCGGCCGAGACCCUGGGUUAUGCGAGCAGGCCGAUCACCUCGGGCGCUGGCCACGACGCGGUCUACGUCCACAACGAGAUCGAGGCCGCCACGCAGGCCGACAUCGCCGCCGGUUGCGACGUGCUGCUCGAAUGCGAUGGUCGCGCUCGCCACCCGCGACGAAGGCGGGCGCGCGAGGGCGUGUGA